AUGACCCUCCAUCAAAUCGCCUUAUUGAUCGUUUCGGUUCUUCCUCUCAUCUUAGCACAAAUACUGAAAUGUCCACAUGGCUGGCAAGAAUUCAGUGGGACGGCUUCAUGUUAUCGUUUUUAUCGUUAUCCAAAAGAAACGUAUAGUGGUGCUACCGCUCGUUGCCCGACAGAUCUUUUGAGUGUGGAAUCAUUUCCUGAACAUUUAUUUAUACAAGAAUGGUUGGCUGCAAAUGAUCCAUCAGCACGACGUUGGCUUACAAGUGGUCGACGUAAUGGAAUCUUUUGGCAGUGGACAAAAAUAACUGGUUUAUUAAAUUUACAAUUUGAUCAAGGAUGGUUACCACUUACUGAACAAGAACAACAAACAAAAUUUUUUCUUGUUUAUGCUUAUCAAAAUGGUCAAUGGGGUUGGUUACCAGCGGAUAUUUCAUCUACGGAAACAUUACCAUAUAUUUGUGAAGUACCUAUACAGGAAAGCUAUGGUAUUUUUGAUGACUAUCGAGGCAUUGAAUAUGGUCUUCCAUCAAAUAUUGAACAACGUUUUGUUCCUCGUGCACCAAAAUUUUAUCAACAACCACAAGAUCACGAAUUUGGACGAAUUGAUCAAAUAACACUUGGCAGUGAAAGUACAUUUGGUAUUAGUAAACUAUCUUUACAAAUUGUUGUCACAUUAAAAUGUCAAGCAGAUGCAUAUCCAAUUCCUGAUUAUUAUUGGUUUCAAAUGAUAAGUGGUAACGUAGCCGAAGCAGUAUUGGUAAAUUUAACUGAUCCACGUUAUUUUCAACAUGGGGGCAAACUAAUAAUUACUAACCCAACAAAUAAAGAUAGUGGAACAUAUUUUUGUAAAGCAAAUAAUUUCUUUGGUACAGCUAUUAGUAAUAAGGUUUAUUUGCGCGAGAUUCUACUGGAUCGAUUUGAAAAGCGUGAACGACCACAAGUCAUUGCUCAUGGUCAUCGUGAUGCAAUUAUUGAUUGUUUAUAUAAAAAUACAAAUACAGGAGAUCUAAAUUAUGCCUGGUUUAAAGGUGGAAUUAAUCAAAAAGUACAACAAACAGCUGAACGUUUUAUUUCUCGAAAUGGAAAUUUAUAUUUUUCUCGUGUAACUGAUGGUGAUGCAGGAAAAUAUUAUUGUGCUGUUCAAGCUAAAAAUUCACGUCUUCAUUAUUUACCAUCUCAAACAAGUGAAGGUACAGAAUUGAUUGUACGUUCAACAUUUGGACAAGAACGUAGUCCACGUAUAUUUCCAAAUUUUCCACAUAUUUUUCCAAUGACACGUUUACCAAAAUUGGGUGAAAACGCUUCAAUCGAAUGUAUUGCUGAAGGUUAUCCUAUACCAAUGUAUCGUUGGUAUCGAGAAGAUGCGUCCAGUAAUUUAUAUUCAUUACAAUCUAAAGCUAUUUUAAAUAAUUUUAAUCGUGAAUUAAUUAUACCUAAUUUACAACGUGACGAUAUGGGUUUGUAUCGUUGUGAAGCAUCAAAUACACGUUUAGUUGUUUAUCAAAGUGUGUUAUUACAAAUACAAAUUGAUCCUAUUUUCGUUAUACCACUUGAAGAUCAAAUACUUGACGUUGGAUCUGUUUUACAAUUAUAUUGUGAAGCAUAUUCAAAUGAAUUUGAUCAAUUAAGUUAUUCAUGGUUUAUAAAUUCAACUGAAAUAAUUUUCGAUCAUUUAACAUUAGAACAACAACAACGUUUAACAAUAACAAAUAAUCAAUUAAUGAUAGCUAAUGUCCAAUCAUAUGAUAAUGGAAUAUAUCAAUGUGCAGCAACAAAUAUUCAAAGUAAUGUACAACGUUUUAGUUCAGCUGAAGUACGUAUUAUUACACUACCACCAACAUUUGGUAGAAACACAAUGUUAUCAACAUUAAGAUCAACUGUUGGUAGUUUAGUUAUUAUCGUUUGUCAUCCAGAAGGUGCACCUCAGCCACAAAUACAAUGGUUUAAAAAUAAUCUUCCAUUAAAUAUUGGAAAUAAUAUAAAUAUAUUUCCAAAUGGAAAUUUAGCUAUUAUAAGUAUACAACUAGUCGAUGCUGGUAAUUAUACAUGUAUGGCAACCAAUCCAUAUGGUAAUGCACAACAAAGUACAUUUGUCUAUGUAAUGCCUGAAGGUACAACAAUGAUAUCAACACCGAGUGGAGCUGAUGUGAUCGUAGGUGAAAUAAUUGUUAUUCCAUGUGAUGCUCGUUCAAUAAAUCAAAUGGAUUUAACAUUUUAUUGGCGUUUUAAUAAUGAAAUUUUAACUAUUGAUAAUAAACAUUUUCAACAAAAUAAUCUUGAUCGUCCAGGUGAUUUACGUAUCGUACAAGUUCAAUAUAGUAAUGCUGGACGAUAUACAUGUGUAGCACAAACAACAGUUGAUGCACAAACUUCAUCUUAUCAUUUAAAUGUAUUCGGACCUCCUGGUCCAAUGGCUGGUGUACGUUGUGUAGAUCCACGUCAACGUCAAGUUACAUUAUCAUGGGUAGUUGGUACUGAUCAUGGUGCACCAAUAUUAUAUUAUACAAUUGAAUCUUUAUCUAAUCAUCGUUCAUGGUGGAUAUUUCAUGGAAAUUAUACUAUGCCAUUACCUGAAAAUAGAUUUAUUACCAUAACAUUAUUAGGUUUAUCAGCAUUUACAGAUUAUAGUUUUCGUAUAUUUGCAACAAAUAUACAUGGAUCAGGUGAAAGAUCAGAAGUGUCACCACCAUGUGUAACACGAGCAGAUAUUCCAGGUUUAGCACCUGCUAGUUUAGGUGGAGGUGGUGGUAAAGUGGGUGAUUUACGGGUUGUUUGGGAUUCAUUACCAAUGGAUUUUUGGAAUGGACCUAAUUUAACUUAUCGAAUUUAUAUACAAAAACAAGGAGAAAAGCAACAACAAAUAUUUACCGUAAAUGAUCCACUGCGAAAUUUUUUUAUAGUUCAUCUUUCUGAUAAACUUUAUUAUUUUCCAUAUAUUGUUCGUAUUUCUGCUGUUAAUGCUCUUGGAGAAGGACCUAUAUCAAGUAAUGUUACGAUACGUUCAGCUGAAGAUCGUCCAACACGUCAAGUUUUUAAUGUUAAAUGUUAUCCAUACAAUAGCACAGCAAUGACUGUAACAUGGGAUAUGAUUGAUGAAAAUGAUUUUGUUAUUUUACGUGGUCGUUUACUUGGUUAUACUGUUCGAUAUUGGCGCAAAGAUGUUGAUGAACUUCAAAAUUAUUGGGAACGUCGCUUUCCAGGUCAACGUUCUCGUGCUACUAUUAUUGGUCUUCAAUCAAAUAUUGAAUAUGGUAUUCGUGUUUCUGUUUAUACACAAUUUGGUGAUAGUCCUGAAAGUGAUUAUUUUUCACAUCGAACAUUUCGUUUAUCACCACAGAUACCACCACAAUAUGUAUCUAUUCGACAACCAGAACGUGAAAAAGAUAAACUUGUUCGAUUAUUUGGUGAUGAUUAUGUGUAUAGAUUAGAAGUUGAAUGGCGUGGAAUAUCAACAUCAUCAGAUGAAGAACCUAUAGAAGGAUAUAUGAUUAAAGUUUGGGAACAUUAUCAAUCAAUUCGUAAUGCAACAAUUUAUUAUGUUGAUGGUUCACAGUAUACAAUGAUAAUUGAUAACCUAUUUAAAAAUCGAAAUUAUAAAUUACGUGUACAAGCUUGGUCUCUCGGUGGCGAAGGAAAAUAUUCAUCACCAGAAAAAGAAUUUCGAUUUGAUAAUGAUGGACGUCUAUUGAUACUCUAUAAUCCUGAUACAAGUCUUCUUUAUCAUAAUGCUGCGUCGAAGCAAUAUUCAUCUAUAACCAUAUUCUUUAUUAUUUUCAGUUUAUACGAUUUAUUUCGCUAG